CAGUAGCAGGUUUUGCUCUACAAUUCGAGCUGUUGUCUGCAUCAGGCAUGGAUUGCAGUACUUCAAAGGAAAUGAAUAAGCAACCAGCCAACAGCCUGGAGGCAGCAGUGCCAGGCCACCGAGACAGCCCCCGUGCACCCAGGACCAGCCCUGAACAGGACCUGCCUGCUGUGGCCGCUGCCACCGUGUCUACAGCCGCGGCGCCACGUGUGCCCAGGUCGGCUUCCACUGGCGCCCAAACUUUCCAGUCCGCAGAUGCGAGAGCCUGCGAGGCACAGCAGCCGGGUGUAGGCUUUUGUAAACUCAGCAGCUCCAGGGCACAGGCGACCUCCGGGGCCCUCCCGGACUUAAGCGAAGGGCACAGCGCACAGGCCAACCCCCCUUCCGGGGCCGCUGGGGCCGGCAACGCGCUGCACUGCAAGAUCCCAGCUCUGCGUGGCCCGGAGGAAGACGUGAAUGUGAGUGUGGGCAAGGGCACGCUGGAGCACAACAAUACACCAGCUGUGGGCUGGGUGAACAUGAGCCAGAGCACAGUGGUGUUAGGUACCGAUGGCAUCGCGUCGGUGCUUCCAGGCAACGUGGCUACCACUGCCAUACCGGAGGACGAGCAAGGGGAUGAGAAUAAGGCCCGAGGGAACUGGUCCAGCAAACUGGACUUCAUCCUGUCCAUGGUGGGGUACGCAGUGGGGCUGGGCAAUGUUUGGAGGUUUCCCUACCUGGCCUUCCAGAACGGGGGAGGUGCUUUCCUCAUCCCUUACCUGAUGAUGCUAGCGCUGGCUGGCUUGCCCAUCUUCUUCCUAGAGGUAUCACUGGGCCAGUUUGCCAGCCAAGGGCCUGUGUCAGUGUGGAAGGCCAUUCCAGCUCUACAGGGCUGUGGCAUUGCGAUGCUCAUCAUCUCCGUCCUCAUAGCCAUAUACUACAACGUGAUCAUUUGCUACACACUCUUCUACCUGUUCGCCUCCUUUGUAUCUGUGCUGCCCUGGGGCUCCUGCAACAACCCAUGGAACACGCCAGAAUGCAAAGACAAAACCAGACUUUUACUAGAUUCCUGUGUUAUCAGUGACCAUCCCAAAAUACAGAUCAAGAACUCAACUUUCUGCAUGACUGCCUAUCCGAACUUGACAAUGAUUAACUUCACCAGCCAGGCCAAUAAGACAUUCGUCAGUGGGAGCGAAGAGUACUUCAAGUACUUUGUGCUGAAGAUUUCCGCAGGGAUUGAAUACCCGGGGGAGAUUAGGUGGCCCUUGGCCUUCUGCCUCUUCCUGGCUUGGGUGAUUGUGUACGCAUCGCUGGCAAAAGGAAUUAAGACGUCAGGAAAAGUGGUAUACUUCACAGCCACGUUCCCGUAUGUCGUGCUGGUCAUCCUUCUCAUUCGAGGCGUCACGCUGCCUGGAGCUGGGGCUGGCAUCUGGUACUUCAUCACACCUAAGUGGGAAAAACUCACGGAUGCCACGGUGUGGAAGGAUGCUGCCACUCAGAUUUUCUUCUCCCUGUCUGCUGCCUGGGGAGGGCUCAUCACUCUUUCUUCUUACAACAAAUUCCACAACAACUGCUACAGGGACACGUUAAUUGUAACCUGCACCAACAGUGCCACUAGCAUCUUUGCUGGGUUCGUCAUCUUCUCUGUCAUCGGCUUCAUGGCCAACGAACGCAAAGUCAACAUUGAGAACGUGGCCGACCAAGGGCCAGGCAUUGCAUUUGUGGUUUACCCAGAAGCCUUAACCAGGCUGCCUCUCUCUCCGUUCUGGGCCAUCAUCUUUUUCCUGAUGCUUCUCACUCUUGGACUUGACACUAUGCCAGGGUUCUUGAGUGAGAGGCUCUGGGGUCUCCCCCGGCCCAUGCACCUUACACACGGCCUCCAUUGUCUCUUUGCAGGCUUGCAGAGGUUCUGUGAAGACAUCGAGAUGAUGAUUGGAUUCCAGCCCAACAUCUUCUGGAAAGUCUGCUGGGCAUUCGUCACCCCGACUAUUUUAACUUUUAUCCUUUGCUUCAGCUUCUACCAGUGGGAGCCCAUGACCUACGGCUCUUACCGCUACCCUAACUGGUCCAUGGUGCUUGGAUGGCUGAUGCUUGCCUGCUCUGUUAUCUGGAUCCCGAUUAUGUUUGUGAUAAAAAUGUAUCUGGCUCCUGGCAGAUUUAUUGAGAGGCUGAAGUUGGUCUGCUCGCCACAGCCAGACUGGGGCCCAUUCUUAGCUCAGCACCGUGGAGAGCGUUACAAGAAUAUGAUCGACCCCUUGGGAACCUCAUCCCUGGGACUCAAACUGCCAGUGAAGGAUUUGGAACUGGGCACCCAGUGCUAGUCCAGUAGUGUGGAUGGUCCUGUAUUACUCCUGGUUUUCCUCUCUGCCUCCCCUUCACACUUUCCCCUGCUUUAUUCCCAAUUCUCUUCUUUCUCCCCACACUUCGCUUCACAGCAGUGCAUGAGAGUGUUCCAUAGAAAAGUAGGACAUAGUGUCUGUCGCAUGCUGUAGUGAGAGUCACACAGACCACUGGAAGCGCUGUCUGGCUGUGUCUGUGAUAUCAGUUUCUGGAAGGAUUGGUCCCCUGAUCGGGUGCUUCAUUCAUCCUGCAGGGGGGUGAUUGACAGGUGAGUGCUGGCAGGUGCAUGGUUUGGCAGUAGAGAAAUUCUGAUGUGUGUUCUCAUUGAUGGAAGGAGUAGGGCAUGAGGGGAAUGCAGACAUUCAGAACUGUGGAUUUGGACUCAUCAACACCAUCCAGCUCAGCUGGGCAAUGCCAUGCUCUCAUUCAAAAGCCGAAAGUUCAGAUCAGGUGCAUUUAGGCAGAUGGCAGUCCUGGAAUUUGUUCUAGAUGCAGACAAGGCUGGUAGGUGGAUUUGGGCACCGCUGGGUGGUUUGGUUUGCAUAGCCAUUUCCUAUAUUUUGACCAAAUAUACCAUGCAUUCAGAUGCUUCAUUUCUCUAUGCUGUGGAUCUGAAGGGACUGUCCAUUCUCUUACCUCAGUCUGUCUGUCCUCCCCCGCCCUCCUCUUCCAUCUUUAUAAUAACCACAUUUGGGAGUUAGUUCUUUGGGUCUUUUCUUCCACCCUCUGCACAAGAAGCCAUGCUUUGAUUUACAUGUCUACUUUUGUACCGCUGUUCUAUUUGCCAUGAUGUCUUUAGCACCAUUGUUCAGUGCCAUGGUAUGCUGUCUCUUUGCUUCCAAAUCUCUUUCUAUAAGCUGUAGAUACCUUGUCUUUCAACCUCUGGGAAAGUGAGACUUACCCUGGUUCUGUAUGUAUAAUAUAUAUGGGACACAAACUCUUAAACGAUAUUUUCUCAAUUUUUACACCUUUUUAAGUAACAGUAAAUGCCAAUUGUGGCCAUAGGGAAAUCAGAGAAAUUAAGAGAUUAGUAGAAAGCAACCAUAUUAUUCCUCACUCCUGUGGUUGUACAUCUUAGGUUAUUGUAUUUCCAGGACUUUCUGAUAGAUACAGCUUAGCUAGAUAGUGAGUAAGCCAAUUAAGACUAUAGCUCUUUAGACUGCAUUUAGCUAGUUCAAUUUCUGGAACUCCCUAUUCACAGUGUUUAUUGUUACUGCCCUCUAGUGAGAAUAAGCCACCCAUCUGCAGAGCCUGGCCAGGCAUACCCUUUAUUACAGUGUCUCCCAAGCAGACAUAUAUGAAAAUCUUAUAAUGUGGUGUGUGCUCAUGCAGUAUGUAUGUACACAUAGCAUGUAGUGGUGUUUUCUGCCCUUAUCAGUAUCUCAGGAAUCACCACAAAGAUGGAGAGUUUACAGUAGCAUAGUCUGGGCUUUAAAUUUUUUCCUCCUACAGUAUUAAUUUCGCAACCUAAAAUCAUUUCCUCAAGGAGAGACUGGUUCAAUCAUUUUCUUAUGAGUUGUCUUCAUAUAACAGGGUCUCAGGCAAAGUUUUCUGUUCAAAUCUUGUAUAUUGAUGUGACAUUUUCAUCCCACACAAUGGCAAUGAUGCCCCAACAACAGAUUUUAACAUAUCCUUUUAAAAAGAUGACUCCACUAUGUAAAGUGUCAGAAAUCACUGUAUUGGACUCUCCCUUUGCUAGGGCAAGUGCUCACACCACCUGCCAGCAAUGAUGGGUACUUGGAUUUCCCAGAGUAGCCGUGACAGGUUUUAGAGAAGGGAUCGUGGUGGGUUUUGAACUCCAGCUUUCAUGUCUUUUUCUAUCAGGGUUUGCCUUCCCUCUUCCAUUUUCUCCUUUCUCCCAAUUUCCCUAAAGUAAGUCUUGCUAGACUGUUACAGAGAUGGAGUCUCAGGCUUCCCUUAUUUUAGGAAGAUAAGCUGUGGGCUCAGCUGUCUCCUAUCUGCUGUCAUUAUGUUUUCCCCAGAAAGCCACACUGAUGAGCAGCCCAUUCCUGCUCCAGUAUUGCAGGGUGGUACCCAGACUUCGGUGAUGUGUGUGUGUGUGUGUGUGUGUGGGAGAGGUCAGUCUGGAAACUACCCGCAGCCCCACCACCAGUUUGCAGGUUAGGAAAAGCACGAAGCUGGUCCUCAGCACACACGGGAUUUGUGUUUGUGUUGGGAUGAAUGGCAUUUGCCUUCCUGUUUUCCUCUGGGCUGGAACUGGGACUGGUGCUGGAUGCCAACCCAAUUUACUAAUUUUUGUCUCUGUGAUUAAAAGAAAGGAGUGGGGGGUAGGCUGUGGGCACUGCCAGAUGUGAACUGAGAGUUGGCUGACUGGAGACCUCAUCAGUUAGGGCGUUUGUAACUGGGGCAGCUACAGCUGUGUCUAGUAGGAUGCGUUUAGGAAAGACCUAGAAGCUGCCCCUGAGUACUUGUCCAUUUUGUUGUUGUUGCUUUGCUUUUUUUUUUUCCUCUCUAAUGUCCUCCUGCUCAGAAGGACAAAGUAAGAAAAGGUUCCAGGCUCACCUGGACACAUUCAUUGCCACGUUCAACUUCAAGGCUCUCCCUGGAAUGGAGGAGUGGUGUCUGAGUAGUUUCCAUUCAUGGUGUAUCUCAGCGUAUGCCUCCUGAGGACUCGGUCAGGAUACCGAGAGCGGAUAUGUAUCCGUCUAGAUGGACUGUUUCCAUGCUACUAAAAUGCACAUUCGAUUGGAAGAAAGAAAUGAAUGAAUAAAUAGGAAAUGAAAGCGCUAUCAUAACUGCCACCUGAGCUUCUCCCUCGACAUUGAAGACUUCUGUUCCCCGUAUGCACUGGUGGGGAGCUUUCCAUCUGUGAGAUGAUGUCAUAUCACCAACCAAUAAACUCAUUCAGAGAAAAACAAGCCAUAUGUGAAAAAUAGUAACCCUGAAUAUCCUUAAAACAAAAUCUACCAUGUAUUUAUUAACUAUUGAUGUUGUGGUUUCUUAUGCAAGCAUUUGUGUAAUUGUCUUGCUAGAAAUUUCUUCUAAUCUCCUUCAGGCUGUGUUUGUUGUGAACAAAUGUGUCCAAUUCUGGUCUUUCGUGGUAGUUGUUUUAUCAGCUCCUGUGUAUUUCUGUUUUUGCAUGAUAUCUGUGGUCAAGGCAAAAUCCUAAUGACCUUGAUGUCUUCGGAACUUUUGCUGAGUUUUUAAUGUGUGAGAGCUGCAAUUGAUGCGUACUUCAGGGAAUGGCACUUUAGAAAGAGUUGUACACAAGGACUUUGGGUGGGUGAGACUCGGAUUUCACGACACUGGCGCAGCACUGAGGGGGGUCAGGGCUUUGUUUUUCUUCUGUUAUGUAUGUGUGCCUCAGCGCUUCUCAGUUCCUUUCUGUCAGCAUGGGCUUCCUAGGCUUUAAAUCGACACUUGACUCUUCAUCUCCUUGGCUGUGGGUCAUUGUCCUCUUCCCAGAGGCUAGCACAGUAACUGUUGCUGGAUGUGCAAUGGCGAGGUCAUCCUGACUGUAAUAUUGGGGUUUGGGUCUGGCACUGGCAUGAGUUAGGGUGUUCUGUAUGGUAGGUUGACAUGCAAGGCAUGGAGGCCAAGACCAGGAAGCCUGUUUCCCCUGUCUCACAGUGUGUGCUAUGCAGAGCUGGCCUGAGGUUUGGGAGUGAGACUUCCUGUCUUUCUCUCAUUUAGCCGUGCUUGCCUAGAAGAACCACUGUGAAAUAUGGUCUUGGCAUAGGUUGCUGUAAACUGCCUGUUGAGAAAGGAUUUCAGAUGGGUGUUCGUUACCCUUGGAAAGCAAGCUGAAGUUUGAUUAGUUCCUGAGGAUGACAUCUCCAGGUAACUGGCUGCCUUACAAGUGUGUUCUAUCACUGGGGUGAUGUGUAGGCCUCAACUGGGAACUGCCGCGUCUCUCAUUUGUCCGUGUUCUUUUGCACUUUAUUAUGGACCUAUCAAGGAGUAGGUUAAUUAUUAAAUUAUGUACUUGGGUAGUGUCUAAAUGCAAGAAUCUCAUGUGGGCACUAUUGUUCAUGAAUAAAGAUGUUUCCUAGUCAGGUCCUUAUAUUUUUUCAUCAACUGUACAUGAAGAAAAUAUGUUACAAAAUGAUGCAUCAUAUAUAUCUAUUGUAUAGAGUGCUUAUUAUAUAUUGUGCAUUAUUCAUUUAAGAAGUCAUUACUCUUGAGGCCCUACCUCAAAUUUUGUAUUUAUGUGUACAAAUGCAAUUUAUGGUAUUAUAUAUUUGCCUAUUACAUACUGUUAUAAAUUAGAGUUUAUCCUAAUAAUGUAUGAGUCCUCGAAAACCCCAAAUAAA